UUAACUGUGUAAACUUUUCCCGGAUAGACUGUCACUCGCGCUACACAUAUAUCUAUAUUAAAAUGUGUUUAUUUAAUUGUGUCUUUUGACUAGUAAGCACGUAGACACUUAUAGCGUGAGGAAAUUCACGACAUUGACUUUACCAUGAAUUGAUUAAUGUGGACCCCGACUUAAACAAGUUGAAAAACUUAUUCGGUUGUUACCAUUUAGUAGUCAAUUGUACGGAAUAUCUAAUGUACUUUGAAAUCUACUAAUAAAAGUUUCAAUCAAAAUACUCAAAUAUUGGUAGCCCACAGCAACUGGUAUCUUUUUUCACGAACGAAGCUGAUUUCGACAGAACACCGGAAGUAGCACAAAUCGUUACUUAGAAGGCUAAUGAGCGCUUUCAGAUGGUGCGUAUCGUCAGAAAACAUUUUGCGUAGUCCAAAACAUAAUUUAAAAGCGUCCGAUACUGUCCCUUUUAUCCUAAAAUACCACGGUGUACACUAGCUAACGAGCUAGCUUAACUAUGACGUCACUCCGUCCUCAGCAGGAUGACCGCCGUGCUCAAGUUUGACGAUUGGGCGUUGCUAGGCAACUUCAAUAGCAAUGGUAGCAAGAGAAGUAUCAAACAUUCAGCGACUCUUUUUUCUUUUUUUCUUUUUCCAGACAUUACCUUUCUCUAUUUUCCUAUGAUUUUGUUUUCUCACAACUGUGACGUGUAUGAUUAACUUCUGGUCGCCAGGGACAGGAGCUGGACAAGUUGCUAAGCUAUCAGCUUUUUGGGAGUAAAAUGGGCUCUGAGUCCGUCAAGGUGGUGGUUAGGUGCAGGCCUCUAAACGACAGAGAGAAGGCACUCAGUUCAAAGAUAGUUGUGACCGUGGACCUGCAGCGCUGCCAGUGUUUCAUAAAAAAACCCUCAAUGACAGACGAGCCCGCCAAACAAUUCACCUUUGAUGGGACUUACUUCACUGAUCAAACCACAGAGAUGAUGUACAACGAGAGUGCCUAUCCAUUGGUAGAGGGGGUCACAGAGGGCUACAAUGGCACCAUAUUUGCUUAUGGUCAAACAGGAAGCGGCAAGUCCUUCUCCAUGCAAGGGGUGUCUGAGCCUUCGGCCCAGAGGGGCAUCAUCCCACGAGCCUUUGAGCACAUUUUUGAGAGCAUUCAGUGUGCAGAAAAUACCAAAUUCCUGGUGAGAGCGUCCUACCUGGAGAUUUACAAUGAGGAAAUUCGAGACCUACUGGGGAACGACACCAAGCAGAGAUUAGAGCUGAAAGAGCACCCAGAGCGUGGGGUGUAUGUGCGGGACCUCUCCAUGCACACGGUGCACAGUGUGGCCCAGUGCCAGACCAUCAUGGAACGGGGCUGGAGGAAUCGAGCUGUGGGCUUCACAUUGAUGAACAAAGACUCGUCCCGCUCACACUCCAUUUUUUGCAUCCACCUGGAGAUGUGUCACACUGAUGCUGAAGGCCAGGGUCAUCUCCGAGCCGGGAAACUCAACCUGGUGGAUCUGGCAGGAAGCGAGCGUCAGUCCAAAACCGGGGCGACCGGCGAGCGCCUGCGUGAGGCCACCAAGAUCAACCUGUCGCUCUCGGCACUGGGAAACGUCAUUUCAGCCCUGGUGGAUGGGCGCUCCAAAUACAUCCCCUACCGAGAUUCCAAGCUGACCAGGCUGCUGCAGGACUCCCUGGGUGGGAACACCCGGACUUUGAUGAUUGCCUGUCUCUCCCCCUCAGACAACAACUACGAAGAGAGCCUUAGCACGCUGCGCUACGCUAACCGCGCGAAAAGCAUCCAGAACCGGCCGUGCAUCAACGAGGACCCAAAGGAUGCUUUGUUGCGAGAGUAUCAGGAAGAGAUCAGGAAGUUGCGGGCCCUCAUCUCAGGCCAGCUGGGCUCUGCUAACCUUUCAUCUCUGAUGUCAGGGCUUCCAGCAGAGAUGCAACAUUCUAGCAACACUGCGGGCGAAAAAGAGAUUAAAAAGGACUACGAAGACAGGCUGGCCAGGCUGCAGGCCGACUUCAGCGCAGAGCAGAAGUCCAAAGCCAUGCUGCAAGAGGACAUAGCAGCCCUGUGCUACUCCUACCAGACCAAACUGUCUCACCUGGAGAAAGUCAAAUCCAGCGGGGGGCGCUCUGCCCCAGAGAACGAGAGCUCCAGCAGCGUGACAGAAGAGGAGGGUUCCCAUCUCAACGCCCAGACAUCACCCGGAAGCACAAACCAGGACACCUCAGAUGAGGUUGCGGUGCAGCUGAUCCAGUCGACUCUACCCAGUGACGCUGCUGCUGCCGCCGUCCAAAUAAGUCCAGGUGGAGUCACAGAGACACCUGGAUAUCUGGAGCAGAAAGAAGCCCUAGAGAGGCUACAGAGGUUGGAGCAGGAGGUGGUCGGUGGUGAGCAUGCCCGGAACAAAGAAUUCCAGCAACGACAGCGACAGAGGAGGAAGGUGGCUGAUCAGAGGAAAGCUCAGCUUGUCAAAGCUUUGUCCGACAACAGCGAGGUGAGCGACAUUGUGCUCUUCAGCGUCUACGACUCCAUCCAGGAGGAGGUCCACGCCAAAGGUCAGAUGCUGCUCAAGGUCCAGGGAAAGCUCAAAGCGGCAAAACUGGAGAUCCGUGACCUGCAGGCCGAGUUUGAGGAGGAGAGGAACGACUACCUGGCCAGCAUCCGCCGCCUGGAGCGCGAGGGACAGCUCCUGCACGGUCUGCUGGACAGGAUGACCCCCCUGGUGCGCCGCGACUGCAACUACAGCAACCUGGACCGCCUGAAGAAGGAAGCCGUCUGGGACGAGGAGAGCGUCACCUGGAGACUUCCAGAUGUGACGGUCCAGAGGACGACGCUGCCUACAGCAGUGGCUCCAAAGCUCUCCCCUCCCAGAAGCCUGGCUGCUGAGACAGAAGCGUUAGUGGUGGACGACGAUAAAUACAAGCAGAUGCUGGAUCGCAGUGACAGUGAGAACAUGGCCAACACCUACUUUAGGUCAAAGAGGGCCAGCCAGCUUCUUGGGGGCCAAAUAACCAAGGGACACGCUAGAGGGCGGUGCUUGGUGAGUUUGAGCAAUGGAUGUGAGAUUUAUGGCCACCUGAGGACCCUUAACUUUCAAAGAGUCGUUAAAAAAAACAAUCUCGUCAUUUCAGUUAUUUUUUAGGGCUGUCAAAUGAUUACUUUUAAAAUCAGAUUAAUCACAUUUUGUAAUUUGGGUAAAUCCUGAUCAAUAACGGGUGAUAACUCGCCUGCAUACUUGAAAUGAUCUUAAGAAAAACCCUGAUAUUUGUUACGUUUUAUUUUCAGAAUUUCAUCCAGGAAUGUUUUUAAACAUUGUACUUGAAUGCACUUCACAAAACCUGGUGAUGCCUUUAUCUAAAGAGUGACAAAAAUUAUUCCCACUGCUCCCCUCACCUCCCAGGGGGUGGGUGACCAAGGGUGAUGGGUGACCAAGGGUGAUGGGUCAAAUGCAGAGAAUAAUUUUUCCACACCGAGUGUGUGUGUGACAAUCAUUGCUACUUUAACUAUAACUUUUACAUUUUCCAAAGAGACCACAUUAAUAAUUUUCUCAGGAGUAAUUAUAAAGAUUAAUCUAAGUGUGUUCAUGAAUAACAUUUUUUGUGAUUUCCAAUAGGGCUGACAAAAUUUGUCUUUGUAAGGGAAAAAAAAAGAAGGAAAUAAUCACUGAUAACAGUUACAAGAUAUAUGGAUCAGAAUAGUUAAUAUUUACACCAAUAACUCUCUUUGGUGAGAAUGGUCCUAAAAUAUUGACGAUCAUUUUUUUUUGGUUGGUUUUCAUAGUAAACAUCCCAUAGGGUCAUGCUUUGACAGUAACAUUGGUUUAGAUUUUCUCACAUAAACUCUCUGGCACAAGAGCAUUUUCAACCAUACAGAAAAAUUACACAAAUAAUAAGCAAGAAUAAAAUGUUUAAAAAUUAGGACUGUGAAUCUUUGGGCACCACACGAUUCGAUUCAAUUAUUGGGGGUAACGAUUAAAUUCAGAAUCGAUUCUCAAUUCAAAGAAUAUACUUUUUUAAAUACAAAUUGGGUGCCAGUCCUAUGAUUACCUACAUUCCUCCAUAAAAUAGAUUAACAGCUCUGAUACAUUUCUAUAUUACUUAAAAGAAAACUGGUUUUGUUUAAAAAAAACAACCCCAAUAAAACGAUUUUUUGCAAUAUUUUAAAGAUUAAUCAUCUAUCCAAAAAUGGACGGAAAAUUAAUCAGUCCAACAAAAUAAUACACAAUAUUACAAUAAUAUUCCAGUUCCAAAACCAAACCCAGCUCCGCAAUAUUCAGAAUAGGAAUGGAAAGAGCAAUUGAGAGGACACACAAACAUAACACAAAACAAUCCUAAAGUAGUCAAACAAAAAUGAAUAAUAUCAACAACAAUAUCAAUAUUAAUAACAAUUCCAACAUAGCAGUGAUUAGAAAUCCUUCAUUUAGUUUAACAUCACAACCGUUUAUAAAAAAUAAAAUAAAAACAUCUAAAAAAUGAACAAUAGUGUCACAGUGGCUUACACUUGCAUCACAUCUCAUAAGCUUGACAACACAUUGUGUCCAAUAUUUUACACAAAGAUAAAAUUAGUCAUAGUUAAAACAAAUGCCUAAACCCUGUUUCCAUAUGAGUUGGGAAAUUGUGUUAGAUGUAAAUAUAAACAGAAUACAAUGAUUUGCAAAUAAUUUUCAACACAUUCAGUUGAAUAUGCUACAAAGACAACAUAUUUGAUGUUCAAACUGAUAAACAUUUUUUUUUGUUGCAAAUAAUCAUUAACUUUAGAAUUUGAUGCCAGCAACACGUGACAAAGAAGUUGGGAAAGGUGGCAAUAAAUACUGAUAAAGUUGAGUAAUGCUCAUGAAACACUUAUUUGGAACAUCCCACAGGUGUGCAGGCUAAUUGGGAACAGGUGGGUAUAAAAGCAGCUUCCAUGAAAUCCUAAGUAAUUCACAAACAUGGAUAGGGCGACGGUCACCAAAUUGUAAGCAAAUUGUCAAACAGUUUUAGAACAACAUUUCUCAACGAGAUAUUGCAAGAAAUUAAGGGAUUUUACCAUCUACGGUCCAUAAAAUCAUCAAAAGGUUCAGACAAUCUGGAGAAAUCACUGCAAGUAAGCGAUGAUAUUACGGACCUUUGAUCCCUCAGGCAGUACUGUAUCAAAAACCGAGAUCAGGGGGCUCACGAACACUUCAUAAAACCACUGUCAGUAACUACAGUUGGUCGCUACAUCUGUAAUUGCAAGUUAAAACUCUACUAUGCAAAGCAAAAGCCAUUUAUCAACAACACCCAGGAACGCCGCUGGCUUCGCUGGGCCCGAGCUCAUCUAAGACGGACUGAUGCAAAGUGGAAAAGUGUUCUGUGGUCUGACAAGUCCACAUUUCAAAAUAUAUUUGGAAACUGUGGACGUGGUGUCCUCCGGAACAAAGAGGAAAAUAACCAUCCGGAUUGUUCUAGGCGCAAGGUUCGAAAGCCAGCAUCUGUGAUGGUUUGGGGGUGUAUUAGUGCCCAAGGCAUAGGUAGCUUACACAUCUGUGAAGGCACCAUUAAUGCUGAAUGGUCCAUGCAGGUUUUGGAGCGACAUAUGUUGUCAUCCAAGCAACGUUAUCAUGGACGCCCCUGCUUAUUUCAGCAAAACAAUGCCAAGCCAUGUGAUACAACAGCGUGGCUUCGUGGUAAAAUAGUGCGGGUACUUUCUUGGCCCGCCUGCAGUCCAGACAUGUCUCCCAUCGAAAAUGCGUGGCGCAUUAUGAAGCAUAAAAUACGACAACUUAAGCUGUACAUCAAGCAAGAAUGGUAAAGAAUUCCACUUUCAAAGCUUCAACAAUUAGUUUCCUCAGUUCCCAAAGGUUUAUUGAGUGUUGUUAAAAGAAAAUGUGAUGUAACAGUGGUGAAAUUGCCCUUUCCCAACUCCUUUGGCACGUGUUGCAGCCAUGAAAUUCUAAGUUAAUUAUUUGCAAAAAAAAAAAGUUUAUGCGUUUGAACAUCAAACAAUUUGUCCUUGUAGUGCAUUCAAUUGAAUAUGGGUUGAAAAGGAUUUGCAAAUCAUUGUAUUCCGUUUAUAUUUACAUCUAACACAAUUUCCCAACUCAUAUGGAAACAGGGUUUGUAAAUAAUUGGCCCCAUAUUCCAAUAUAUGACUAAUUAUUAUCGAAGCUAAAUACAGUUUUUUGUAUUGAUAUCAUCUCCAUAGUGUGUGUAUACCAGUUAGUAUUUAUUAUGUGUGUAUAACAGUCAGUAUGAGUUGGGCUUUUAACAUGUAUCCAUUUUUUUUUAAUAUUACCUUUUUUUUAUUAUCCAUAUUGAAAGAAAUGCAUCUUUACUUUUUGAUGACACGUUACAAAUUGAUGUAAAUCACCAAGAGUACAAGUUUGCAGUGUCAUUGGGAUGUUUAUAUUUAGGAAUGUGAUUGAUUCUUUUGUUUUCAACCAUAACUAUUUUAUUCUUUGACAUUCCCUCAAUAAAUGAAGAAGAGUUCCUUCAGCUGCUCAACACUUCAUACAUAAUUUGCUAUCUACUGCACCAAUUAUAAACAGCUGAGAAGAUGUAAAAUACAAUCUAUUCAAGAUCUUUAA